AUGAAUUCUCAUCCACAUCUCAAAUUCACAAAACCCUCGAGAAACUCCUUCUCUCAUCAUCGGAAUCGGAGAGUUCCAACGGAAAAUAAUGUCAGGCGGAAGCAGCGACGGCGACGGAGAAUCAAAGUCCUCCCCAAACAAACGCCUCAAAACCGAAGAAGCAUCGGAGAAGGUCGACGGUGGCGGAGUCGAUGAUAACCAGGGUGUAUGGUGCGGGAUCUGCUACGCGGAGCGCGGCGCACCGGUCGCCGGAGAAAUCGACUGCUGCAGCCAUUACUUUUGCUUCGCAUGCAUCAUGGAGUGGUCCAAGCACGAGUCCCGAUGCCCGAUCUGCCGCCGGAGAUUCUCCAACGUUCGCAGGCUCCCCAAGCAUGGCAUCUUCUCUUCUUCUCGGGACAUUAAGGUCCCUCUCCGUGAUCAGGUUUAUCAUCCUUAUGGGAAUAUGAGCACCGGUCCUACUCACUCUCAUACUGACGCCAACUGCGUUGUCUGUCAUGGUGUGGCAGAUGAACAUCUUCUGCUAAUUUGUGAUCUUUGCGAUGCUUCUUCUCAUACCUACUGUGUUGGCCUUGGCUACACUGUCCCUGAAGGCGAUUGGUUUUGUUAUGACUGUGCUAUUGCCAGGGAGACCAAUGAGCGGGAAGACUUAGAGCUACAAAAUGUCGAGCAAAGUGGGGCGAUAAGUGCAAUACCAUGUCCUUUACAACAAAGCCGGUCCCCUCCUCCUCCUAGUAUUCCAUCAGCUGAUAGGUUAAGUAGAUACAGGGGAAAGAGGCCUCUGUCAAAUGCCCAGCAGGUGCAGCGUAACAUACAAGCGCUCCGUGAUAAUUGGAAUGCAUUGAGAAGUGGUUCCAUGAAGUUCGGUUCUGGUUCCAUUCAAACCAGUGGCAUAGGUGGUUGUCAUAAUCGAGAUUCUGGUUCUGCUUCAUGUGGCAGACCCGACAAACAGCAUUCUAAUUCUAUGGGUUUGGGAAGCUUAGGUUCCAGUUCUGGUUCUGUUUCACGCAGCAGAUCAGAUGAACAACAUUCUAAUUCUAUGGUUUUGGCAAACAGGUGUUCUGGUUCCGUUUUGCAUGGCAGAUCAGACGAACAGCAUUCUAAUUCUAUGGUUUUGGCAAACAGGUGUUCUGGUUCCGUUUUGCAUGGCAGAUCAGACGAACAGCAUUCUAAUUCUAUGGCUUUGGCAAACCGAGGAUCUGGUUCCAUUUUGCGUGGUGGACCACACGAACAGCAUUUUGAUUGUAUGGCUUCGCCAAGAAUUCAGCACUCGAGUGUCCAAGAUGGUUCAUCUAGAGGCAUAAUGAAUGAGAGGGGGAUGAAAGAUGUUGAGAAGGCUUGGAAAAUGAUGGAGAAGGCAAAGAAGAUGCAAGGGACUCGUCAAAGAACCAACAGAAAAUAGAGCAUUCUACAGGGAGUGAGAUUGGAUCAUCCCUCUGGCAGCAUCAGAAAACUUAUCAACUGCACAUUGUAAUCACAAUAAUUGAAGAAUUGAUAGUUUAGAAGUUUCUGCUGGGAACAGGCCUUAUUUUUUGGCAGCAUCCCGAGGCAAGUUAUGUAGAAGCAAACUGCUAAAGGAAGUGUAAAAUGCAAAUAGUGGUAAAUGAUGAAAUUAUUGGAAAAUAAUUAGAUAGACAUUGCUGCAAGACCUCGACCAUUUGUACUGAUCGUGUAUUAGAAUGGGUUUAGAAUAGUCAAAUAAAAAAAAUAAGGAUAAAUCUUACGACUUUUUGCUUGUUUUUUGAUCCAACGAGUCUGUAGAGACUA